GGCAUAGCCAUUUUCCGUGAGCGCUCGGAGCAGGUGCCGUUCUUUGCAACUCUUCCAGCGAGAGCUCUCUUUGCUCGGAGCGAUUACCUCAAAGCUCUCAGAGCUUUGCCCGCUUCUACAAUGACGCCAAGGAAUCUACGUGUCUCUCAUCGUCAGAGCGGAGACUGAGCAAUCAGCUGUUACCUGUCAAAGGACUAUACACGCGACUCUGAGUGGAGAUCAGUGAGAAAAGCUGGACCAUGGAGAACCGAGAAGAGCCAGCGCCGAUCGCGAACGUGGUGGACGCCCUCAGUGGAGCCGACACAACACACCUGGAAUUCAAUCAGGCAAUGAAAGAUUUCCAGAACAUGUUCCCAGCUAUGGACCCUGACGUCAUAGAAGCUGUGCUCCGAGCCAACAACGGCACAGUAGACGCUACGAUCGAUCAACUCCUCACGAUGUCGACGGAUACGGAGAAUGAAAAACUUCGGAGUCAACUUGAAGCACAAGAGUAUCAGCAAGGAGGCAGCUCAUCCGGCCUCGCCUGUAGCGCGUCCUCAACACUACCACCGUAUUCGCCCGCGAAGAAAGCAGGAGCCUCCGGCUCAUCCACGAAAGCCUUGCGCGACAUCCGGAAUUGGAACCCUCCGAUCCUGGGUCCGCUGCCGCAGAACUUUCUACGUCUCCACAGCAGUCUAUCGUCGAACGAAGCGACAUCGUCCGGAGAUCCGGAGCUGUCACAGUUCCUCGAGGACGAAAGAAUGGCCAUAUUCCUCCAGAAUGAAGAGUUCAUGCACCAGUUACGCCGUAACAAGGAUUUCAUGAGCUCUCUCGACGGUCCUGGGAGCCAAAAAGCCGACGGACAGGAGCACAUGCAAGACGAUGCAGCCUUCAGAGAAAAGCUCAAGAAUAUGGGCAAGGUAUCGAAGCGGAAAUUUGCGCAAAUGGCGCGCAUCUUCCAGAGAACCAGUGCCAUGGCAGGAGCAAAGAGCGGGAAACACUUCAAACACAUGAACCUGCAAAUACCUUCUAGAGACAACCUACUCCUCGGCGAGGAGGCCACAUCCGACAGUGAGGAAACCGAGACAGCCAAGCCAAAGAACGCUCUCUAGGCGAUUACCGAAACAUUGUGCAGCAAGACCUUCAACAGCCGGUCAUGACGCAGCUUCAAUGACAACGGCCGGGCAGCGCACAAGCGGUCCAUAAAAUCAACAUGCGAUUGUUUAACGACGGGAACUUUUCACAAUUUAAUUAUUGAAGAAAGAACUGGGAAGUUUCCGCCCGGAGCGACUAAAAUAAAACUCGGCUCGGUUUGCAGAGCCCUAAAUUAAGAAUAAAUAAGUAUUACUGUUGUCCCUGCGUGA